CUGUGUACAGAGAGGUAUGAUCCAGUGCAGGAGAUAUGUGCCCUGCUUCUGACCCUCUCUAAUAUCUGUCAGGAAGCCUUGUGAGCAUUGCAUCAUGUUUUACUGGUUCCAUUUGAAUCCUACCCUCUGAAGUGGCUGAGAUUGUUGUGAGAAAAGCGUGUGGUUGCAGGCGAAAGCGUGCCACUCCAAGGGCAGCUGGGGUGGGGAGAGAGCUUCUCCGCUUGCUGCAAACUGACUUUUCACUUGCAAAGGCCAGAUGAAGGCGUCCGUGCAGCUUUGGGGCGAUGGCUUUCUGUGCUUACUGGAAGGAAGUCAUUAAACGUUGUCAUUAGAUUUAUGACUAAUGAUAGCGAGAAGCUCUUUCCCUGGAGCUUUGGUAGCAGACAGACCGUGGCUCGGUCACAAGAGCCUUUCAGAAGCAAAUCUAGGUUAGCAAUGGCUUUUCGUGGCUCUCCCGCCCUCUUGCAGUUAAUUGUCUUCCUCUUAGCCUUACUCAACAUUGCGUUUCCUUGGUGGCAGUGAUGACACCCGUUGUUUCUUCACUCCCAAUGACUACGCAGGUGCCUCUUGCGGGGUCCUUCUGGUUUGUAGAAGUUGGCAGCGUGGCAAAGAGCCUCAAGCUUCAGACUGGCAGAGGGUUCGUUCGCAAGCACCCAAGACUCACCUAUUGAUGAACUCCCUCCAUCAACUUGGAUUCAGUGGAGAAUAUCCUUCCUCUAGACUCUGGAUAAGAAAAACAGAGCUUCAUUAAAAGAAUAACGUGAUUGCUGCAGCCAUGUCCCGAAAGGGUGAAAGUAACAACUUCUCAUCGCUUCCCGUCGCGAAGGAAGAUUGCCACGUGGAUUCCGAGUUCAGAUAUACCCUGUUCACUGUCUACUAUAGCAUCAUUUUCAUUCUGGGCUUUAUAGCCAACAGCUACGUCCUGUGGCUUUUCACACGGGUUUAUGCUACGAAGAAACUAAACGAAAUAAAGAUAUUCAUGGUCAGCUUGACGACAGCCGACCUGCUCUUCCUGAUCACGUUGCCAAUGUGGAUCGUAUAUUACCACUACAGAGGAGACUGGAUCAUGCCCAGCUUUUUGUGUAACUUGGCUGGUUACUUAUUCUUUGUGAACACCUACUGCUCAGUUGCCUUCCUGGGAGUCAUAACGUACAAUCGGUACCAAGCAGUCACAAAGCCCAUUUCGGCAGCUCAGUCUACCACGCGGAGAAGGGGCAUCUAUGUCACAAUAGCUAUCUGGGUCCUGAUCGCGGGCCCUUCUUCAUACUUCCUGUUUGGCAGCGGCACUACCCAAGAAGGGCAUGUGACACGCUGUUUUGAGCGCUACGACCCAGAAAGCAGUAACAUCCCUGUCCUUGCCUCCCACAUCGUCAUUUGCAUUUGUUUCUUUAUCACCUUCCUGAUUGUCGUGGUAUGCAACGCCUCCAUUAUCCGAACUCUGCUCUCCCAAAAACCUCAAGCUCGGAAGAGCGCCCACAUCAGGCAAAGGGCGCUCUAUUUGGUGUGCACUGUCAUGAUUGUGUUUGUGGUAUGUUUCGUGCCUCACCACAUUGUGGACCUUCCCUGGACCUUGAUGGUUCUGGGCAAAUGGGAUAUAAGCUGUAGGAGCAAAAGGUGGUGGGAUCACAUCCACCAGGUGACCCUGUUCCUCCUGGGGGCCAACUGCGUUCUGGAUCCUGUCAUUUACUGCUUCCUCACCAAAAAGUUCAGGAAACACCUUUCUGAGAACUUGAAAAACAUAAAGGACAGUCGAAAGUGUUCCAGGCAAACCACUGAGACCACCGUGGAAGGGAUGGUGGCGAUGGAAGAGGGCUUCCGUGCCUCCAUCAAACCUUAAAAGUCUUCUGUUCUGCUUAUGCAGCAGCAAAUUCAGGCUGGUGACUGGCACAGACUCUGCAUUUCAUCAAGAGCUUGGCAGAUGCACACAGCUUUCCAGCUCUUCUCUAGAUGCAACGGCAGGAACUGAAAUCCACUUAGAAGAGCUAGAACACUGUGACUCAGGAAAAACGCAGACUAUCUAAGUUGUCCUUUGUUGU